AUGGCUCGGAUAACUGCUAUAGGAAGAAUUGACGAUUCAAGGGCUCAACAUGAAAAAAGCACAGCGUGCUUUUUUUACAGCUGCUCAUCAAAAUGACUGAACUUGUUUUAUGCAAAAAAAAUAUAAUAUUUUUUUAAAACCAUAGGGUAAAAAAGUGCAUGGUUUUUCUAGCCGUCAAGCAUAGGUAAAAAGCACGCUGUGCUUUUUUCAUCUUCGCCCAAUUCAAAGGUUUCAAAAAGUUAAAAAAAUAUCUGAAGACCUUCAUGAGUCUGCACAAAUUGAAAUAGAAAUCCAAGGGCAUUUCGAAUCACAGCUAGAUCCAGCAAUAAAAUCCUUGAUGGAAACCCUUCAAAUCCAAUUCUUAAAAGAUCAAUCCCUUAUAUACUGUAACAAUAAAAACUGUCGUUGACAGAAGAAGACAUACCUUAUGGAGCGGUAGGACCAAUCAAACGAAGCUAAAAGCAAGCCUCUACCACUUUUAAACAGGCAUUCGGAUUUGGGCGUCUUGCCGAGAAGAAAGUUUUGCUUCUCUCUAGUUUUCUUAUACCAACUAUAUGGGCUGGAUAGGCUUUACCUGAUACUUAGUCUUUAUCUUUCGAGAUUAGUCCGGGAUCCGCAAGAGGUGGCUCUUACCUAGGGAGUUUAUUCAUAGGUAAGUGGGUCUAUAGCAAUUCGCUUAUGCCUUAUAGCGCUAAACUUUACUUAACUUAGCUUAUAUACUGUUUUUAAUAACUAUAAUAAUAAUUUGUUAUUCACCCAAUAAUAUUUUAUUUAAACAAUUAUUUAUAGUUACUCUAGACGACCACUAUUUAGGCUCUUUAGAAGAGCUCGAGUCCUGGGCUUUCACAAAUUUCCAUUAUUUUGACCACACUCCUUUCUCUUUUUACGAAAAACAAUCAAGAAUCCAGAAAACGAAAACUAUCAUGAACUCAGAAAAUAUUUUUGUCGAGCUUGCUAUCGCAAUGGACCGUCAGCGGAAACCAGUCAUAAUAGAGCUUUUCCAUAGGAUUUGUCCAAAGUCAUGCCAAGAAUUUAUAGAGCUCUGCUUAGAAAAAAAGAAAAAUUCCAAAGGAGAAAUCCUUUCAUAUAAAGGAACUCCUUUCAACAGAGUUGUGCAAGGGUGUUAUAUUAUGGGAGGCUAUUUAAGCCAAGAAUAUGACGAUAGCAAUGAGCUGAAUUCUGAGUGUUUCCAAAUUAAGCAUGACAGAGAAGGACUAGUUGGAGUUACCAGAAAAGGAAAAGGGCUAUUUUAUAUAACUUUGAGAUCUCUGCCUCAUUUAGAUAGGAAAUAUAUUAUUAUUGGCAAAGUAGUGGAAGGGAUGGAAACAGUCAGAGCUAUUAAUGAAGUUGAGCUUAAUUACCAACACCCUAUUUCUCCACCAAUUUUAGCCCAAACAACGCUGCUGCCUAAACCUUUUGAUAUUUUUCAUGACGAUCUAGAUUUAUUGCAUUACUAUGUUUCUAAUAUCUCACGGAUAUUGCCAGAUUUUAAUAUAAUAAAGAAAAAAAUUGCAAGCAAGCCUAUAACAGAAGAAGCAGGUACUCUUAUAAGCCAAAGGUCAGUUAUAGAUGAUAUGCAAAAACAGAAAGAAGGGUCCCGAAAAACAAAAAUUGUCUGUACGCUUGGUCCAGCCUGUAGUGAAGUCCCUAUAAUUACAAAAUUGAUAGAAAAUGGCAUGAAUGUGGCCAGGCUUAAUUUGGCCCACGGGGACAAAAAAUCGCACGAAGAGAUUCUUCACAAUCUGGAUAUCGCUUGUGAGCAGACCGGAGAAGAAGUUGCUGUUAUGGUCGACACAAAAGGUCCUGAAGUAAGGACAGGAAUCAAUAAAAAACACGCACCUAUAGCCUUAGAAAGAGGGCAAGAACUAGAAAUUACAACUGAUCGCACAGUAAAAGGAACCAAAAAUAUAAUUUCAAUUACAAGUCCUGAGAUUUUUAGCUAUAUUAAAAUUGGCAGCACAGUCUUGAUCUCUGACGGCGGUAUUAUAUGUGAAACUCUAGAUAUCCGGCCAUCUCUCUUUAAAGUUAGAGUGAUAAGUGCAUCAGUACCUCUUUUAGAGCAUCAAAAUAUUACUGUAUUAGGCUCUCGUAUAGGAAUAACCAAACGUGUUGUAGAAAAUGACGAGCUUUUAUUAGAAUUAGUAUCAAGCCACAAAAUAGAUUUUGUAGCCAUUAGCUUUACACAAAGAAAGCAAGAUGUUAUCGAUAUGAGACAACUUUUGGGAGAAAAUGGAAAAUUUAUCAAAAUUAUUGGAAAAAUAGAAAAUAUCGAAGGGUUAGAAAAUACUGAAGAAAUUGUAUAGGUGAAAGGAUUUUUGUAUAAAAUUGUUUUUUAUAUAUAAAAUUUCCUUAAUUUUAUGUGAAAAUAAAAAUAAGAAUAGACUAUAAAAGAAAGUGAUGGAGUUAUGGUGGCAAGAGGAGACCUAGGGAUGAACUUACCUAAUGAAAAAGUGUUUUUAGCUCAGAAGUUUAUAAUUAGCAUUGCAAAUCAAUACGCAAAACCUGUGCUGACUGCUACUCAAAUGCUAGAAUCAAUGAUCAAGAACCCGCGCCCAACAAGAGCUGAAGCAAGUGAUAUCGCUAAUGCAAUUAUUGAUGGAACUGAUGCCGUUAUGCUUUCUUCAGAAACUUGUAUUGGGCAGUUUCCUAUAGAAGCUCUAACAUUUAUGUCAAAAAUUUGUCUGGAGGCUGAAAAAUACCAAGAAACUUUAAAAAAGCAGAUCAAGGGCGACUUUGUAGCAGGGUCAAGAGAAGGCACAUGCAAAGCUGCUGCAAAUAUUUCGAACCAAAGAGGAGCUAAUGUUAUAGUCGUAUUUAGCGAUAGAGGUGGGACUGCAAGACUUGUCGAGAAAUAUCGGCCUAAAGCCCCAAUUUUUGUGCUUUCUACUAAUGAAGCUACAAUCCGCCAGUUAAAAUUCUAUAGAAAUCUUUGGGGAAUUAAGAUAGAGAAAUAUGAGCAAUUAGAAGUGAUGAUAAAUAAUGCAUUUGAAGAGCUUAAACGGAGACUGGUAGCAAGAUCUGGAGAUCAUGCUGUCAUUGUAUAUGGGCAUUCAGAAAAUAACCCUAAUAAAGCGGAUGCGUUGACUUUUAGAGGAAUUCCUUAA